AUGGUAAGUUUUCCGUUUUAAGUAUACAAAUAAUAUUACAAUAUAGUUUAUUGUAGUUUAUUAACUCGGCCGUAAUUUAUUUGUACUGUAUUAUCAUUACUAUAGCGAUUGGGGAUUUUGUAGGUAUAGCAACAUCUUUCUCUAGACCGUGUAUUUAUUACAAGUAAUUAUUUUUACAAUAGAAUGGUAACAUUAUUUUACAAUAUGGCACAUAGUUAAAUAAUUAUAUAAUAUUUUAUAUGGCAUAUGUAUAACUAGAAACGUAAAUUUCAUUAGAGUAUUGGUAUUUUAUACAAAUUAUAAUGCCAAUAAUUAUUGAUUGUUAAUAUCAUAAACUACGACAGUGGUUUAUAGUAGUUAUUUCGUUAGCUACUGCUCUCGAUAGAAUUGACGAUUACAAUUUUCCCAUCGAAAAAAAUACAUACUAUUUUAUUGUUACCUAUCUCGAUACUUUCCUUAAGAGUGCGUGUAACUCGUAUGUGUUGUCUCUGUCCUACAAACGUAUAUAUUAUAAUUAUAUACGGGGUCUACGGAGCCAGUUUAAUAAUACUAUACGUUUAAUUUGUAUAAUUUUCUUGAAAUAUGUUUGUACCAGAACCCCCGUUUCCGGACAUCCAUUACACUACAUGUAAUUAUUCUUCAAAUUUUUGAGGUAUAAAACACUUAUAUAGAUCCGUGCGGACUUGGCUUUGUAGUUUGUACGUCCAUGACCCCAUUAGGCCCUAAUGCCUAAUUAUACAUAUAUAGUGUUGGCCUGGCUCGGGCCACGGGGUCGUGAAUAUAGCUGAAGCCUUGGGGUUUUUUAUAUUAUUUUUUUACAAUGAUUAUUAUUUUUAAGCAGAACCCUGACAAAGCGGAGUCAAUAAGUCUGUUUUCUUAGGGCUUGGACAUUUAAGGGGCAUAUCUCUGUGUAAAUAAUUACUUAAAUCAAUAAAUACAUUUUUAAAAAACCUUGAUACCUAUAUAUAAAAUAUGUUCGUAAUUUAAAAUUUAAACAAUGUUUAAGAUUUAUUUUUUAAUUAGCAUUGAACACAAAAAUAUAUAGCUCAGUGGCACACCCAGAAAGGAGGUUAUGGGUCAACCCCCCUCGGAAAUUUCUUCCUUCACUGCAUUUUUCAAAUCAAGUUUUACACUCAACAAUAUAUUAUUUUAUACCACAAAAUAAAAUAAAAUUUAAUUUAAUCAAAAAUAAUUAAUUCAGUAAUAAUAGUGAUAGUACGGUACUGAUAGUAUGUACUAUCCCGUCUCUAGGAAAUUACUUAAAUUCUAAUUGUAAAUAGUAAUUUAAUAAUGAUAUAUCUGAACAUGGCUUAACAUAAUUAUAAUUUCUGGGGGCCUAUUUAUAAAAACAUUAAUUUUGAUUUAUAUUUAUGUAAUUAGAGAGACAAAAAAUUAGAUUUCAAGGCUAUAAGUGAAAGAUCCUCCCAAAGAGGUACUUUGAAUUAUUUAAUUUUAAAUCUUGUUAAACGUUCAUGAAAUACCUAAUAUAACAAUAGUUUAUAAUUAUUCUGUUUUUUUUAAUAAUUGAUAGUGAAAUUAUGCAUAAAAUGAUUAAAUAUGAAUUGAAAAUACAGAAAGCUAUCGAAUUGAUUGUUAUUGUAAUUAGGUUUUCUAAAAUGUUGAAUUUUUAACCCCAGAAAUUAGGGUGAUAUAAAAUAGAGUAAAUGUUAAAUUUCAAAACGGCUUGUUUUUAAAAUUUUCUGUUAAACAAAUUUCGAAAAAAGUUAAUACAUCCCGAGAUAUGAGUGUCUUAUGAUAGAUUGAUCACCCUAUAUAGUGGAUAGGGUUUAUAGACAGUAUAUAUUUUAAUAUUCGUAUCUCGAUACCUUUGUUUAAAAAUAAAACAAAAAUAAUAAAAUUACGGACAAUAUAAUAAUUUAGAAUAUACGAUUCCAAGAAGUUUCUACAUGAGCAACUUUUUUUUUUUAUAAUUAUUUCGUAAAGAAAUUGAUUAUAUCAUGCAAUUUAAAAAAUCCUAAUUGCGCCAAUAUCUUGUUCCAAAAUUUAACAUAAUGUCAUUGUUAGGUGUUAGGUCAGGUUUGAAAGUAAAACAACAAAAUGUGUAGUGAAGUUUUUUUAUUCUUUGACUUUGCGAUAGGAUCCAUUCAUGAAUCUAGAGAUGAAAUCUGAAGACAUAAUAGCUGAAAUGAUUCCUCUUCAAACAAUUCCACCAUUUAACAACCAUGUUCAAAACUAUUCCAAUCAAUUGAUACAAGACAUUGAUGGUCAAGAAAUGUAUGUUUAUGUUGACCCCGAUGAUACUGUAAAUCAACCAGUACAGCAUUACUUACACCAAACUUUAGAAGAGGUAUGCAUGUUUUUAUGUCUAUGCAUUUUAUUACAAUAAUAUUGUUGUUUAACAUUUUUAAUUCUAAAAAUUAUUAUAUAAAAAAGCAGCCAACACAAACUCAAUUGAUCCAAAUUCCUAGUGGUCAAACUUAUACUUGUCAACAAGUACAAGCUUACAACACACAGAUUAUUCAGCCAACAUGUAAGUGCUAUUAUAAUAUUGUAUUCAGGCGUAGAUCUAAAAAUAAAAAAGGGGGAGGGGUUGGACGAAAAAAUUUACUCAAAUUCAUAAAAGCUAUAGGCUUUAAGUUUUCAUAG